UUUCGGGGGACGACAUUUUGUAUUGAAAAGUCAACGAGUAAAGAGCAAAUAACAAAUACGAGCUAGCAGGAAGUUGUGAAAAAAAAUCAAGUGGAAUUAGAAAAGAAAAUCAAUUUAUUUUAUUGAAUUCAUCCGAAAAAAACCUGAAAAAUGAAGUUCCAAUACAAGGAGGAUCAUCCCUUUGAGAAGAGACGUGCUGAGGGUGACAAAAUACGCAGAAAGUACCCAGACCGAGUACCAGUUAUUGUGGAGAAGGCGCCCAAAGCACGCAUUGGCGAUUUGGAUAAAAAGAAAUAUUUGGUACCAUCUGACUUAACAGUUGGCCAAUUCUAUUUUUUGAUUCGUAAGCGUAUACAUUUGCGCCCGGAAGACGCACUCUUCUUUUUUGUCAACAAUGUAAUUCCACCAACAUCGGCAACAAUGGGAUCUCUUUAUCAGGAACAUCAUGAGGAGGACUAUUUCCUGUACAUCGCCUAUUCCGAUGAAAAUGUUUAUGGCAAAAAUUAGGGCGCAUUUACCUAUGGGAGGACGGACAAGUUGGCAGAGCAGCAUAUGUGAAGAGAUUACUGUAUUGCAAAGGAAAACAAAAAGAAACAUUUGAAAAUUUUAUGUGGAUACACAUAUGCUAUAAUGAUUUAAAUACUUUGGGGUGUAUGAAGAAAAUUUUAGUUUAGAUAACUCGAUGGAAAAAUCAGAAUUGAUGAAAUUCUCUUCAGCAAGAUAUGCGACAGAAAAUUUAAUAAAUUUCAAAUAUGAAUACAACAAAGUAUAAUAAAAUCAAUAUAAUAUGCUAUAUGUAUAUAAAUAUAUAUUCAAUAAAUAUAUAUUAUAUAUAUGUACUAAUUUACGAAUGUAGCUCUAAAUAUUAGUUAUAAAUGUUUUAAGCCGAUUAAAUUUACAUUUUAUGCGGCAUCUUUUGUCUACACUAUCAUUGAUUUAGCCUUUUCUGUUUUAAUUGGAAAAUUAAUUUUUAAACUCGAAAUUCCACCUUUUCUUGUGUAAAACAUUGUUGAAUUGAAUCGGCCUUAUCGGGAACUCCGUGUGAACAAUUUUCCCCAAAAAUUAUAAAAUAAAACAAGAACAACUUUUCCCAAUUUGUUUUUGUUUUGCUUGUAAAAUCUUGUGAAAAAUUUAUUUACAUGGAAUUGGCGAUAGAGCUGAAUGUUUUUUCUUAAUCUCUUGCACGUACAUAUAAGUUCGUUUCUAUUUUGGUAUUUUGGCUUUUUUAAGCCGAUGUAAUGGUUUUUUAUUUUUAGAGUUGAUGUUUUGUUUUACAAACGUAGUUAAGGUUUUGAGUUUCGAAAUAAAGCAAAUUCGUGGCUUACGAUAUUCUUAAAAUAA